AUGACGAUCAAGGGUGGAGGGUCCCCGGGGGACCGAGCAGUGCGUGAACACGGGCGGAGAAAGGGACCGGGCAGACGGCACCCGGGAGAGGGGAAGGGGUCAGUGCAUCAGCAGGGGGCGCCACGGCUGGACCGGGUCCGGGAUCCCAGGCCCCGAAUACACCGGGACGGGAACCACCGGGGCGGGGGAGCGAGGAAUCAGGACGCAAAGCCCGAGGCGGCGGGGACGGCGGCGCUGUGCCGGGAGGAGGCGGGGUGGUGCAGAGCCAGAGCCGGAGCCGCGCCGCGCCGCACCAUGGCGCCCACCCUGGCCACUGCCCGUCGGCGCCGCUGGUGGAUGGCCUGCACGGCCGUGCUGGAGAACCUCCUCUUCUCGGCAGUCCUCCUGGGCUGGGGCUCGCUGCUCAUCAUGCUCAAGUCGGAGGGCUUUUACUCCUACCUGUGUACCCAGCCAGAGAAUGUCACCAAUGGCACAGUGGGCGGCACAGCAGAGCCGGGGCACGAGGAGGCGAGCUGGAUGAACGGCUGGCUCAGCUGCCAGGCGCAGGAUGAGAUGCUAAAUUUGGCCUUCACUGUGGGCUCCUUUCUGCUCAGUGCCAUCACCCUGCCCCUGGGUAUCGUCAUGGACAAGUAUGGCCCGAGGAAGCUCAGGCUGCUGGGCAGCGCCUGCUUCGCGGUUUCCUGCUUGCUGAUUGCGUAUGGAGCAAGUAAACCAAACGCUCUCUCUGUGCUCAUCUUCAUCGCCCUGGCUCUGAAUGGCUUUGGUGGGAUGUGUAUGACCUUCACCUCAUUAACAGAAACUGGGCAUCUCUGUGGCCCUGAGUAUCCCAGGAGGCUGAUCGUACAGAGACCUCUGGUGCCUGACCCCAGUUCGCAUCCACAACCCUGGAAUAGCCCAUCACAGGCCCUUCACCCUUGGCAGGUGGACACCGUUCAACCUGCUGGGGCAGGUAUGUGCCCGUUUCAUGGCAUAAGGGGAAAACGGGAUUCUCUGUCCAGGUCCCACUCUUCUCGAGUCCUUGGGAAGAUGCUCACCCCUGCUUGCGGCUUCAGACUGCAGAGACCCAUGGAGGUGUGGGCCAUGGGGUUUGGCCCCUUUUUACCAGAGUGCAAUGGUGGAAUGAAGGUUACACAACCAACCAGCAUCUGGGAGCCCGGUGGGAGCGGUUCAGGUGUUCUCCGAAGCUGUCGGGUACAGUGUAACCUUUAGCCAAUUUUGU